AUCAUGAUUAAUUCAGCACAUAGUCUAAAACUUAAUAAUCACAUGUAUAUUAACUGUCUCGAUACAUUUCUAUUCAAAUACAAUUGAUUACACGUUGUUAUGUACAUAUAAUCACUAAGCAUCACAAUGUUUCUUAAGAUUAUAAAUUCUAAGAUUAAUCUGAUCAUAUAAAUUAACCAAUUUCUAUAAGACAGAAAAAUUUACUAUGUUUAGAGCAUUAACUUAUGAGUAAUAGGAAAAGGGGCUAAGACACUUUACUAACAUCGAUUUGAUCUUCAUAUUCGUGGACCGUUGUUAGCCAAAUGGUCUUAUCUGACUGUUAGUGUCACGUUACAAAAUUGUAAACAGAAAUUCAGUUAACCGUUCGACAGCAGACGGAGAUAGAUUUUAUCAGCUGUCAAUUGUUUCAGUUGUGAAUAGUGUAUGAAACAUUCCGAGAAAAUCAAAGGAUAAAAACUGUGUGCACUUAGCGCUGGUGUCCAAGAAUAUUAACGAAAGUUGCCAUACUCUACUGGUUAGAAUGACAAGUAAAAAGGUAUUAAUACGGAAGGAAACAUUUCUUGAGAAAUUAUUAAAGGAAGGAAAAAGAUAUUUCUUUACAAUGGAAGAAUUGCACGCCUGUUUGAAAAAACAUUCAUGCGAAUACAAGAAGAUGCUAUUCGUUAUAGAUCGCUACUCUCGAUAUAAGACACAAUUAAAGGAGAAUAUGGAGGAUUUGAUAGUGUACGAUAGUGACAUUCUGGAUGAUAAUGACGAAGAUAUAGAAGAUGCCGAUGAAAUGGAGUAUAUGGACAUAGAGAUGGAAGGAUACGAAAAUGAGGAAAAUUUUGUACUCUUCGAAGAAUAUUUUCACAGUUUUGAUAGUAUUGCAUAUCAAAGGAAUAUUCUCGCUAACAUGGAAAUGUUAAUUUUGCGCAUGUUAAUACUGGAUGGAUCUCUCAUAAAUAUUGAAUUUUCGGUAUAUUCGAAGUUAAAGAUCCUUUUGAAAAAUUAUUAUCAAAGAGUUGAAAAGUUUUUGGAACGAAACAAGAUGCUCGUAGAAUUCCAGGAUAAUUCUGAAAAAAAACAACUGACCAAGAGUUUUGAAAAGAAAUACAACCAACUGCAGCAGCUUUUACUUAAGAUUAGCGAGAAAGAAAUAUUUCUUGUGGAAAUUAUGGUGCAACCUUGUAUGGUUAAGAAUAACGGGGAAAGCAAAAAUAAUUAAAAUUUGUAAUGUGAUGUCAGUAUAUGUAUGCACAUAAAAAAGAAUUUAAUUAUUGCAUUUUUACAUUUAUAUCAGUUCGAUGUGUGAAAAAUAAAUACGUUUUGAUUAGAACGUGAAUUACGUUCUUUAUUUUGAUUAGUAUAUAUUUUAGAUAUUUAGUAUGUAUUUAAAAAUUUAUUAGGACUGAGUCAACAAGCAAAGUUCUGUCACAGACGAGUUGCAAAAUAGGCGUGAUAUAUAAUGCUUUUUCGUGUCUCAUGAAUCUCCAUUAUCAUUAUUAUUUCCACUUCACCAUUUUCGUGUCAAAUGCGAUGUUACCGAUUCAGUAUGGUACAUACCGGAUCUCAUCUGUGUUACUGGCACAGACGAGUUUGCUUCGUCUGUGAUGUCAAUUUAUCCUGUCCUUGGCCAAUGGUCAGUAAUCAGUGAUUCAGUGCACAAACAUAUUUCAAAUCGUACGUGCAGAUAUCGCAAACACUCCGAUAGAUGUCUCCAAUUUAUUUUGUACUUGCGCUAUAGAUCGUUUAGAUCUCUACCGACGUUCGAUGUCGGCAGAUCGCGCAUUUACGAUAUUUGUUCUCUCUUGCUUCUAUUUGUGACAUAUAUGUUAAUAUUGAAAAUGUUUGUUUAAAUGCGAAAAAGAGUACUAAACAAAAUCUAAUUCUUGGUGUCUUUAUUGCCGAAUGGAAAAUAAUUGAUGUAAUAUUAUGUCGACGUUAAAUGAAUAUACUUGUCAACUAUCUACGGAGGAGAAAGCGUACAUGGCGGCUAAUUUGAACGAAACAGACGAAA